UGGGAGAGCAGCCCCGGGGCCUGGACGGGCGUGCUGGGGGAGCGCGUCUGGACGCUGAGGCAGGAGCGGGACCGGCUGUGGUACACGGUGUACGGGGAGGGGGAGGACGGGCCUCCCCCCGAGGCGUCGAAGCCCGACGGUGCCGAGACGGACCAGAUCCUGCGCGACUACUUCCAGCUGGACGUGGGGCUGCCGGCCCUGUACCGCGCCUGGGGGGCGGCCGACCCCCUUUUCCGCAAGGUGGCUAAUGACUUCCCAGGCGUGCGGGUGCUGCGGCAGGACCCCGUUGAGUGCCUCCUCUCCUUCAUCUGCACCUCCAACAACCACAUCUCCCGCAUCACCGCCAUGAUCGAGCGCCUCUGCCAGGCCUUUGGCCGCCGCCUCUGCUGCCUCGACGCGCGGCCCGUCCACGCCUUCCCCCUGAUGGUGCUGCCUGGGCAGGUCGCUGACUGUGUCUGCCUGAUGGCCCUGGACAAGGCAGAGGCGGUGCCGGUGGACACCCACGUCUGGCGCAUCGCACGGCAGCGCUACGGUGCGGCGCUGAGUGGCAGGAGCCUGACCCCCCGGGCCCACCAGGAGAUUGGUGACUUCUUCCGUGGGCUGUGGGGCCCCCGUGCCGGCUGGGCGCAGGCGGUCCUCUUCUGCGCUGACCUCCGCAAGGGCCAGGAGCCAUCUGGUAGCCGGGACCGGACCAGGGGGAGGCAAAGCCGGGACAGAUGUGGGCAUGACCCCCACUAG